AAUUUUCCUUUUUUAGUUUAAUGACAGGUUCUUGGUCAAUGGGGGCUGUCAUCUGUGUUGUCUAUACAACAACUGGUCUGGCAGUCAAUUUCUAUCUUUGAAUAUUAUAAAGCUUUGAAAAUGGAAUAUGUCAACCUUGGCUUGCUUUUUUCCCCUAAUCUAAUUCCAUUUUUUAUGUGGAAGUUGAAUUCUUUUUAUCUUUUUUGCAGGUGAUUCUCGUUGAUAACGUGUGUGAAAUCUUCUUUUGGCCUUCUGGGAGUUGAUUAUUUGAGACCAAACGUGUUUAUUUGAGGAUUGUUUCUUGUUUGUAUGACAUAGUUUGGUUUCUCUUCUGGUUGUGCAAUAUGAGUUCUUUGUCUGGUUCCGUUCAACGUCCUCUAAUGGCGGCGGUUGCCGUUGCAAUGGCUUCUGUUUCUGCUGAUUUCUCUGCUAAACUUCCAUCUCUUUCAUCGGAACUAAUAGGAACUUCAACAUCUAGUGUCUCACCAGAGUCAACUUCAUCAUUGGUUGCUCUUGUAUCAGCUUCCAAGCUUGCAAACCUGUCUUUCGUUACUCGAAUUCGCGUCCCGUUACCGAGCUUUUACUCUCCGGUUAACGUUUCAAACCGGAGUUUCGUUCCUGACCAGCUAUGUUCUUCUAUUGCUUCAUCUCCUCUAAUGGUGAAUUUGUAUCAGUUGGCAGAGUUGGACAAGGCAUCUAAGCCUGCAGAUGCAUUUCCAGGGAGUGUCCCUAUCCCUGCCCCGGUGCCUGAUGUUCUGUAUAGAUGGCAUUUGCCCGAGCCGAAUGCGAUCGAUAUAACCAGUACAUCGGAUUGUUCAUCGGUAAAGUCCCGGACGGUUGUUGUCUUGUUAGGGUGGUUAGGAUCCAAGCAGAAACAUCUUAAAAGAUAUGCAGAUUGGUAUACUUCGAGGGGAUAUCAUGUCAUUACUUUCACCCUUCCAAUGAUUGACAUUAUCGGUUACCAAGCCGGUGGCAAAGCCGAGCAGAACGUCGACAUGCUCGUUAAUCAUUUGGCGGAUUGGUUGGAAGAGGAGCAUGGGAAAAACCUGGUUUUUCAUACUUUUAGCAAUACCGGAUGGUUAAUGUAUGGAGCCAUUCUCGAGAAGUUCCAAAAGGAAGAUCCUUCCUUAAUGGAAAGGAUCACAGGUUGCAUUGUGGAUUCAGCCCCUGUUGCAGCCCCUGACCCACAGGUUUGGGCUUCGGGUUUCUCGGCCGCUUUUCUCAAGAAACAUAGCGUUGCGACAAAAGGAUUUGCAAGCUCGAGUGAAUCGGAUAUGGGGGCAUCAGUUGGAAAAAGUGAAGUCUCACAGCCCAAGCCUGCAGUAACUGAAGCUGCUUUGCUAGUAGUCCUAGAGAAGUUCUUCGAUGUGGUUUUGAAUCUUCCUGGUGUUAACAGGAGGCUUUCUGAUGUGCUGGGACUGCUGUCAUACGGACAACCUACCUGCCCACAACUAUAUAUUUACAGCUCUGCAGAUAGAGUCAUCCCUGCAGAUUCCGUGGAAUCGUUCAUGGAGAAGCAAAAGAGAUCGGGGCGUGAAGUUCGGGCGUGCAACUUUGUCUCGACACCACAUGUUGAUCAUUUUAGAAAUGACCCAAAUCUGUAUACAAGUCAGCUCAGCCAGUUUUUGGAGGGCUGUGUGCUCACUUGUGGCAAACAUUCAUAAGUACAUUGAAGCACUGACCAUAACCACAUUCUUUCAAUUUGUUCUUUCCAGAAAGGAAAAGCCUACAGUUCAUUGACUCACAAAGCUUGUAAUUGGAUAGAGACUGGUGAAUGAACUCGCCUUUAAAUACUCCAUGUUCGAUUAAGAAUGAUAUAUUCGAUUUAGAACAACUUUUUUUA